AGUUGAGAUUGAGAAUGUCCAGUCAAGUUUAGAUUGGGCCUACGAUGGGCUAUUAUAGCUUAUUAAGAUACAAAUUGUCUUCGUAUAUGUUGGUACAUGCAUCUUCGUUUUCCAUGAGGUUCUAGAACCAGUCGAGAAAUAAAACCACUGUGUCGUUAUAACCAAAUGAAACAUGUAAUAAAUCAUUACAAACAGACAGAAUUCAUGUGGCUGCUGUGUGGAAAUUUUUACCUAAGAAUUAUUUCAUCCGUAUUUAUUCAACUAAGUUAUAUUCAGACUCGAAUUAUUGUUUCCCUUUGGUUUUGUUGUUCAAACUUCAAAUAGACUCUCUUUCAACCGAAAUUUCAACAAAAUUAUUAUUAUUAUUAUUUUUUUUUUUGAAGAAUGUUAAAUUUAUUCAAACAAAAAAAGCCUUUUUACAAACUAAUGCAGCUUGAUUCUAGAGUUUUUGUUUUGUGAAACCAGAAAAAUAAAGCUUAAUUCUAUGCCUAAAAUUAGCAUUUCUGCUUUUGACUAAAAUGCUUUAAUUUUUAUAAACCUAUUAAUAAACUGAACUGAAGUUGCAAUGACAUUUUUUUUCUCCUCGAAUUAUUCAAUUCAACGUAUUAUCACAUACUAGACACAUUCAUACACAAUAUAAUAUGCCCUAAAUAAAUUACAACAUAUACCAAACUAAUCUUAUCACACACUAAACAUACUCGUACAACUUAUACAAGUAGAUAUAGAACACAAUAUUUUUCUAUUACAUUUCAUCAGCUAUUCUAUAUUUUUAUGAAACUAUAUAAUAUACAUCAUCUUCAAGCUCUUAGUUUAUUUUGAUGUUUCAAAAAUUAUUUAUCUAGACUUGGAUUUAUGCUUUUAGGUGAUUUUUAGUGGGUUUGAUUUAAAAUUGAUUUAUACAAGUAUCAUAAUAAAUGAUUCAAUGUGAUAUUUUAUUGAGCAUUAUUUCUACGCAGCAUAAAAGCCAUUGGCAUAAAAGUAUAGUAUACAAUUUAUAAGAAAAGGAUGAUGAGGACUAUUUCUUAUAUUUCUGUUAUUUGCCAUAUGAUGUAAAUAGAAUGAGAUUUUGACCAAAUAACAAUGAACUAGUUAUUUAUUAUCAGAAACAAAAUUUUCAUGUAUAUUCUAGAUAUCAGGCUAAUUAACCGUCAAAACUAUUGGUUGUUUUCCAUUUAAUAUAAUUUAAACAUUUAGAAUAAGUACACCACUAUAUUGCACAACCACUCAGUGUUAAAAGCAUUUCCAAUGAAAUUCUAUUUUUCUCUUUAUAAUUUACAUUAAAGUAGAGUAACUGUAUUAUAGUAUAACUUUUGUUUUAAUGGUGCUACUCUAUAAUAUAGUUAUUUUACUUUAUUAUAUAGUGAAAUAUAGAGGAAUGUCAUAUUUUACUCUAUAUUUAGAAUGAAAAAGUGAGAUUUCUCUACAUUUCAUUCUAUAACAAAAUAACACCAUUAGAGCAAAAGUUACAAUAUAAUAGAAUUGCUCUAUUUUAAUGUAAAUUAUAGAAGAAAAAAUAAAGUUCUAUCUGAGAUGGUAUAAAAUCAAAUAUAUUAGAAUGAUUAGUUUCUAGUAUACUUUGUUUCUUCCCGCAAAAAAAACACCAUUAUCUUAAGAUUGUGUCCAUAUUCUUUUUUUUUUCCGAGUAAGUUUAUUUGAAUAUACUAAUAUGCAGUGAGUGAUAUGCCUAUCAGAGCUCAUGUGCUUAUCUAUAUUGGUUUUCAUUUCAUUUUCAGUGAGUGAGUAAGAAUCUGCCAAUUGCAUUGAGUAAGAACUGGUUAAUUUCUUUUUCUAUUUUCUUGAGGUAUAGAAGGGUGAGUGUCCGUAUUCAUUUAGAUUAAUAACUCUAAUCAAAACAUAUAAUAUAACCAGAAUAUAACAGUAAUAUUAUGUUCAAAAAAAAAACAGUAAUAUUUUUUGGAUAGUAACUAAAGUUUCGAAUGUUUACAACCGCUCCACCCCGCAUCGCAGUUAACUAUAACAAAUUUUUUUACAUAUACCAUAUAUCUAUACGUUUUUUUAUAAGUGUUAAAACUGCACCGCAGUUGAACCGUUUGUCCCGCACCGCUCGAACCGCAGCCGCCAUUCCGAUCAAAAUUUUAACAAUCCAAAACUCUUUUAAUUAACUAGCAAUGGAUAAAUACAAUAAUAUAAUAUAAUAACAAUAGAAAUAAAAUAGAACAGUAGACAUUUCUUCCGUUGAAUCUUUGUAUUCUUCUUCUUCUUCCUGUAGUGUGGAAGGUCGUCUUCCUUAUUCAGAGGACCAAAACUCAUCAGUCCAAAUAAAUAAUAUUUUCCCGGAAAAAUUAUUCACCAAGAAAAUCUAUGUUAGGCAGCGAAAAAUCUCCAAAGAGGGUUUCCGUUAUCACCACCUAAUCCUCCGGUUUGUGAAGAUGGGAGAGUUUGAGGUAGAUGGAGAAGAGAAGCUGAUUGUUGCUGCAGAGUAUCUCGUUCAGGAGCUUAGAUCCAACAAGAGCCUCACCAGAAACGCUAAGAAGGUUUUGGGGAGUCUCUUAUCAGAGCUAUCUCGUGUGGUGAUAGUCUCCGAUGAGAUUGAGCAGAGGCUUAAUCUCGUUUGCGAGAAGAUCACGGCUCGUGAGGUCGACGAAACCAUGAUCUGGGACUUGGGUUCGGACGCAGGCAACGAGUUUCUUGAAGCUGUGAAUGAGUUGAGAGGUUUGAUCGAUCGUGUAGACGGAACAACAGAGGAGGAGGUCUCUUUAAGAAAAGCUCACGACGUUCUUCAAACGGCAAUGGCGAGGCUUGAGGAUGAGUUUAAGCAUCUUCUUGUUGAGAACAGGUUGCCUUUCGAGCUUGAACACGCCGUGGAAGAAGAUUCUUUCGGCACUGAGGAUUUGAUUCUUGGAAGAAACUCAGAGGACCAUAUAGUGGUUGAUUUGGUUAGACCUGAGGUUAUAUCGGAUCUCAAGAGCAUUGCAGAGGCUAUGAUUGCUUCAGGAUAUGACCGCGAGUGUAUCCAGGUAUGUACAACGGUUAGGAAAGAGGCUCUUGACGAGUUUCUCUAUGACCAUGAGGUCGAGAAGUUGAGUAUUGAAGAUGUUUUGAAGAUGGAUUGGGCUACGUUGAAUGCAAACAUCAAGAAAUGGGUUAGGGUUAUGAGAAACAUCGUCCAGAUGUAUCUUAUCAGCGAGAAGUCUCUGAACAGUAAGAUAUUCGGAGAGCUAAACGAGAUCUUUGUCGAUACAGUGACGGCUCCGGUGAUGCAGUUACUCAACUUUGGCGAAGCUGUGUCUAUCGGUCCGCGGCAGCCAGAGAAGCUGCUUAGGAUUCUCGAAAUGUACGAGCUGGUGUCCGAGCUUUUACCUGAGAUAGAUGCUCUCUUCUCUGAUCAUCAUCUUGGUUUAUCGGUUAGAACGGAGUACAGAGAAGUGAUGAGGAGGCUAGGGGACUGUGCGAGAGCGACUUUUGUUGAGUUCAAGAGUGCCAUUGCUUCUGAUGUAUCCUCUCAUCCUUUCCCUGGAGGAGCGGUUCAUCCGCUUACUAACUAUGUGAUGAACUACCUCAUGGCGUUGACGGACUUCAGCCAAACGCUUGACUCGCUUCUCAUGGAGCACGAGGAUGUAGAGGAUCUCGCAAUACCUCCUUCGCCGCCGGAUGUUAUCAACCAAGUGGAAGAAGAGUUUACCUACGAUUCGCCGGAGAAGUUUGUGGCGAUGAAGCGACAUUUCUACUCUAUUACUUCGGUUCUUGAAGCCAACCUUCAAGUGAAGUCGAAGCUUUACAGAGACGUCUCUUUGAGACACAUCUUUCUCCUCAACAACAUUCACUACAUGACCAGGAAAGUGCUGAACUCCGAGCUGAAACAUAUCUUUGGCGAUAGAUGGAAUCGAAAACAUACGUGGAAGUUUCAGCAGCAAGCAACGGAGUACGAACGUGCCACCUGGCUUCCUGUCCUGUCCUUCCUCAAAGAAGACGGUUCAGGGUCUGGUUCUGGCUCUGGUUCGGGUUCGAGAAACUUGCGUCCUAGGGAGCGGUUUCAAGGGUUUAAUUCUGCGUUUGAGGAAGUGUACAAGGCGCAGACCGGGUGGUUGAUAUCGGACGAGAGGCUGAGAGAAGACGUGAGGACUAAGGCGUCGAUGUGGGUGAUUCAAGCGUACUGGACGUUUUACAGUAGACACAAGAACAGUGUGAGUGAGAGGUAUAUUAAGUAUAGCACUGAUGAUCUUGAGAAUCUCUUGUUGGAUCUCUUUGCUGGUUCUCCUAAAUCCUUGAGCAAUUCCUACAGAAGGUGAUAGCAGUUGUCUAAUAGUUUUGGUGUGGUUACUAGUGUAUAGACAUGUAUGUUUGUAUUGAAUUUAUUUUGACCUUUGUAAUCUUUAUAUUCAUCAUUUCAUGAAUAUGUGUAAUGCAAUAAAAGUUUUGUUUAGUGGUUUGUAUGCACUAAAAAAAAAAGUUUUGUUGUUGUUUA